GGACACAGUCUUCAUGGAGACCUUUGUGUUUACGUUGCGACUGCAGCAGCUGCGUUGCUGUGGUCUGGUAUUCCGUCUGCAGACCCACCACCCCAGGAAGAGGACGGUGGCAGAGUGUGUCCUCUCCCUCAGACAGCUGGGCCCUGAGGAGACACAGCACUGGAUGGAGCUCAGCCCCCCUUCCAAGACCACUGUGUGUCACGCUGAGCUGCACCUGGCCACCUGUUUCCAGCCUGUUAACGGACGUAUCCAACUGCAGGUCCUCGCUGCCCAGAAUCUCCCUGCUCCGCUCAGGCAGGCGUUCUUUGUGAAGAUAGAGAUGCAGCAGUCGGGCAGGGUGGUGAUGAAGAAGAAGACUCACACCCUGAAGUCCUCCGGAGGUCAGCUGACCUGGACUGAGUCUUUCUACUUCCCCUUAGCUCUGGACCAGAGCUUCCUGCUGUCAGUCAAACUCUACAGUCACCGCUCUGUCAGACGAAAACACUUCCUCGGACAGGUUCACCUUGGCUUCGACAGCCCAACGCAGGAAGCAGCAGAGCAGUGGAGGGACAGCAUGUCUCACCCCGAGAGGGUGGUGGAUGUAUGGCACAGACUCAACGGGUCCUGAAACGCCUGUAGAAAUUCACACAGCCUGUAGCAACUCACACAGCCUGUAGUAACUCACACAGCCUGUAGAAACUCACACAGCC